GGCACGGUCGCCGACGACGCCGGAGAGACCGGAGCGGGGCCUAAGGGGCAAGUCGUCAGAUCACCGUGGCCUUGGAUGGUGGCCAUCUUCCAGGGUAGCAAGUAUGUAUGCGGAGGAACCCUGCUGGACAGGGAUACAGUGCUCACGGCAGCUCAGUGCUUGGGAGGAACCGAACCCGAUGUCAGAAACUACACGGUGCGGCUCGGCGUGCUUCACCCCGAGGAGUCCGCGAGUGAUCACAGCACCACGCUUCCCGUCAAGUGGAUCCGCGUGCACAAAGACUACCAGGUGGGCCGGCCCUACAAAGACAUCGCCAUCCUGCGAAUGGACGGCAAGGUGACUUACGGCACGCACAUCGGCCCGGCAUGCCUGCCGCAGCCGGACAUUAAGCUUGGAGGAGAGGCGGUGUUCCUCGGCUGGGGACACACCGAGUUCGGCGGCCGGAACUCCGACAGACUCAAGGAGGGCCGCCUCAGGGUGAUCAGCAACGAGGAAUGCGCCGAUUCCCUGGAGAAGUCUCCGAGCUACAAGUCCUCCGUUUCUCAGGGCAUCACCAAUGAUUUCGUCUGCGCUGUCAAUCAGACUGGUGACCACCCCUGUCAAGGCGACUCCGGCAGCCCUCUGCUGGCGCUUGGAGCCGACCUACGCUGGUCCGUGGUGGGCGUGGUGAACUUCGGCAUCGGGUGCGACGGUCGCUUUCCGGAGGUCUUCACCAGGGUCACCACUUUCCUGUCCUGGAUCGAAGAGAACAGGAACUGAGCCUCCCGCUGCGAUCGCUGGUCCUUCCAGGAGCAGCAACUCUGAGAUGAGGAGUUUCACCGAGCUUCAUUCAGAAUGGCAGCCAAUAUCCUGAACUUUAUAUCAAUAUUGUACUUUGAUAAAGCGGACAUAUACUUUGAGCUCGAAAUAAAACGUGAACACCCGAAA